AACAUAAAAAAUUUGGAGUUUUUAAUACAUUUGGUGUCGGAAUUCUUGAUUUUUUUUAAUAAAGGGCUUUUCUUUUUGUUUGGAAUUUUUUGAUUUCAUGGCUGCUGGUACAGAAGUAUCUGUUGAGACAGCAGUGGUGGAGAUGGAGUACCCUGGUGACGUUGCUGUUGAGUAUUCAUCGACAGAAAACACAGACACUGCCAGUGACAAAAAGGCUAAUUCCAAUGCUAAGGAGUCUGGGGAAAGGGAUGUAACUAGUGUUUUUAACGACUCUGGUUCAGAUUCAAAAUCAGAACUGCAAAUGAAGGAUAUUGUUGACAUGCUGAAGAAACUCAAGUUGAAUCCCCUGGCCAAGGAAUUCUUUCCUUCCUCUUAUUAUCACAGCGAGAAGGGAGCCAACAAUUUUGUGUUAACGGAUACAAACUCCGGCAUUGAUGGUUCCCCAAUAAAUCGUAGGAGAAGAAAUAAUCACAAUCAGGGCAGGAGGAGAAUGGGUGUUAGGACUUUCAGAGCUCAGAGAGAAGAUAGUAUUAGGCGAACAGUCUAUGUCUCUGACAUUGAUCACAAUGUCACUGAAGAGCGGCUUGCUGCUUUAUUCAGCUCUUGUGGGCAAGUUGUUGAUUGUCGAAUUUGCGGCGAUUCACACUCCCGUCUUCGUUUUGCUUUUGUUGAAUUUUCGAACGAGUAUUCUGCUCGAGCGUCCCUUACCCUUUGUGGGACACUGUUAGGUUUCUCUCCUGUUAAGGUGUUGCCUUCUAAAACUGCCAUUCUUCCUGUGAAUCCUACAUUCCUUCCCAGGUCGGAAGACGAACGGGAGAUGUGUGCCAGGACAAUCUACUGUACCAAUAUUGAUAAAAUGCAGGUUUCUCAGGCUGAUGUUAAGAAUUUCUUUGAAACAAGAUGUGGUCAGGUUUCCCGCCUCAGGCUCUUGGGGGAUCACAUGCAUUCAACACUGAUUGCUUUUGUUGAAUUUUCCAUGGCUGAGAGUGCAAUACUCGCUCUUGAUUGUUGUGGCGAAAUUUUAGGAUCCCAACAUAUCAGGGUAAGCCCUUCAAAGACACCCGUGAGACCGCAAGUUCCACCCCCAGCAAUGCGGUAAGCUGAUCAUUUGUGUCCUGAAUCUUGGAGAUUUGCUGUUAGUCCUCUUGGAAGAGACUUUGUUCUAGUUUAAGGGGUGGUGAAAUUGCCCCUGUUUCGGUUUUGCCAUUUCCUGCCACACUAACUUUUCUAUCAAUUGAUAUAACUCUUGAUUUUCAACUGAUCAAAUUUUACUGGGAUAGUUCCAUACUUCUGAACUUUUGCUAUGAUUAAUCAUAUAAUGCUAGCU